GGCAACUGGCCCUCCCUCCCUCCCCUCGCGGACAGAGCAAGCGACCAGCGACGCGACGUCUACCCCGUCCCCUCCCAAACAUCUCGCGCGCUCCUCGCCAGAUAUUUUUUUAUUCCCCUGCUGGUUUCCUCCCAUUUCCUCGCCGUCGACGCUCGCGAUUCCUAUCCGCGCCGGAAGACCGGAGGAAGAUGUGCGAGGCACCACGGCUCCGCUGCGGCGCCGGUGACGCGGCGGCCGCCGCCGCCGACGUCGACGUCGUCACCACUGGCGGGCGCAGGAGGAUCCCGGCGCGUUCCUCUGUUCUGGCCUCGGCGUCGCCGGUGCUGGCGAGCAUCCUCGAGCGGCGCCUGCGCAAGGACAGGGAGAGCGGCAAGGCCGGCCGGUCCGUCCUCCGGAUCCGCGGCGUCACCGACGACGCCGCGGCCGCGUUCGUCCGCCUCCUCGACGCCGGCAGGUGCGGCGACGGCGAGGAGGACGACAUGGAGAAGUACGCGGUGCAGGUGCUGGUGCUGGCGCACGCGUACCAGGUGCCGUGGCUGAAGCGGGCUUGCGAGGGCGCCAUCGGCGCGCGCCUCACCGCGGACUCGGCGGUGGACGUGCUGCAGCUCGCCGCGCUCUGCGACGCGCCGCGCCUGCACCUGCGCUGCACCAGGCUGCUCGCCAAGGAGUUCGCCGCCGUCGAGCGCACCGAGGCGUGGCGCUUCCUGCAGGAGAACGACCCAUGGCAGGAGCUCCAGGUCCUGCAGGGCCUGCACGAGGCCGACAUGCGGCGGCGCAAGUGGCGGCGGAAGCGCGCGGAGCAGCGUGUGUACGUGGAGCUGAGCGAGGCCAUGGACUGCCUCGACCACAUCUGCACGGAGGGCUGCACGGAGGUCGGGCCGGCGGGGCGGGCGCCGGCGCCGGCGCCGUGCGCGCGCUACGCCACCACCUGCCGGGGCCUGCAGCUGCUCAUCCGCCACUUCUCCCAGUGCCACCGCAAGAGCUGCGCGCGGUGCCAGCGCAUGUGGCAGCUACUCCGCCUCCACUCCGCGCUCUGCGACCGCCCCGACAGCUGCAACACCCCGCUCUGCAAGAGGUUCAAGCAGAAAGAGCAGGAGAAGGCGGCCGUGAAGGCCGGCGAUGAUGGCGACAAAUGGGGGCUCCUGGUGAAGAAGGUGAAGGCUGCCAGGGUCUUCUCUUCCCUGGCCAACAGGAAGCAGAUGAGCUCCACCUCCCAGUGCUGAGCAAAUGCAGUUUCAGCCGGGAUGGUUAGGGUUAGUUAGAUUAGUGAGUGUGAGAAGAUUAAGUGAGCUGUUAUUUUUUUUGGUUGGUUCUGUUUUUUUGAUAUGCCAGAUCUCUGUUGAGCUAUGUACUGUACAUGCCUUUUGCUACACCGUGGUAUAUACUAUGUAGUACGUUGCUAGAGUCCUUUAGCAAGGUGGCCAGGUGGGGAAUCAAUGAGAGCCCAAAAUCGUUGUAAAAACUGCAUGUAUUGUAACAGGGAAAUAUGAGAUGAGAUAAAUAAAUAUGUUUAUGAUA